GCAAGCCAAAAUAGAUGGGCGGACAGCAAAUGCUAAGGUUGAUGCAAUGACCAGACUGACAGAAAAACUUCAAGGCCAAUUGGAGCGAAAGGAAGAAGACAUGAUAUCUGCCCAGCAAAGAGAUACAGCUUCUCAAAAACGCUUGCAGCAAAUGCAGUCUAGUAUAAAACAAUUAGAAACAAGAUUGCGUGUUACUGUCCAAGACACUGAACAGCUAAGAACAGACAGAACAGCCCUGGAGAAUCAAAUUGGAGAACUUCACAGCAAGUAUGCCAGUCUCGAAAGGGAGAAGUAUGAUGCUGUUGCAAAAGUCCAAGAUUGCAUCCAGCUCUUAGAAGAAGCUAACCUACAAAAAAGUCAGGCACUGUUUGGGGAGAAACAAAAGGAAGAAGAAAUCAAAAAACUGAAAGAUGAAAUGUCUCAACUUUCAGAAGAUACUGCUGCAAGAAUUAGAAAGGCGGUAGACUCUGCAAAGAAGCAAUAUCAUGUGCAGAUUUCUCGACUAACAGAAGAAAUUUCAGCUCUUCAGAUGGAAUGUGGAGAAAAACAGGGUCAAAUUGAACGAGCCAUUAGAGAGAAGAGAGCAGUGGAAGAAGAACUUGAAAAGAUUUACAAGGAAGACAGAGGACAUGAAUCUGACAGUAGAAAACUCGAGCAGCUGCAUCAGAAAUAUUUACUUGCAGAAACUACAAAAGGUGACCUUCAGCUAAGUCUACAGACAACACAAAAUAAACUAAAACAACUGGAAAUGAACUCCGAGGAAGAGAAAUCUCGUUGUCACGAAGUUAUCUGUAAAUUGCAAAGCAUUCUGGAUUCAGAAAGAGAAAAGAGUGCCUUUGUUAGUGAACAAAGGCUAAAACUUCAGCAAGAGAAUGAACAAUUGCAAAAGGAAAUGGAGGGCUUGAGAAAACUGGCUGUAGAGGCUCAACAAAAAGCUAAAAUAAAGAUAAGCACAAUGGAGCAUGAGCAUGCUGUGAAAGAACAUGGAUAUGAAGCUCGACUUAAGGAAAUGGAAGACACCAGUCAAAAGUCUGCUGCUGAGCUUAGACGUCUGUUAGUGGCUCAGCAAAAAGCAACAAAUCGUUGGAAAGAAGAAACAAAAAAUCUUACUGAAACUACAGAAGCCAGAAUCAGUAAGCUGAAGAGUGAGCUGAGUCAACAAAAACUUCAUAGCCAGGAGCUCAUUUCUCAGCUGGAAAUGGCAAAUGAAAAGGUAACUGAGGAUGAAAGACUAAUGAUGGAAUAUCGAGAAUACAUCGAUAGGCUUCAAAGACAACUGAGCCAGGCAGAACAGAAGGCAGCUACAGCAUCUCAAAAG